UUAUUAAUCGUACGAGUUUGUAAAAUAUGAUUUACUUGCAUAUAUAGCAUUGUAUAUAUCACAGUGCUCAUGCAUUCGACAGCGGUGAAGCGAUCAAUGUCUCGUUUCGAACGACAUUGAUUUGAUAUAUUUCUCAACGGGCACCACGCUUAUGCAUCUCCUGAGCGCUUGUACGAUUCGUUAAGAACGUAGAACGUCGUGGAUGGUUAAGCGUCUCAACACACGUUUCCAUACACGCAGAUCGAGUAACAACUUGGCGGUUAUCCCGUUGCGUUCUCAAGUCAAGUCACAAUGCAGUCGUUCAUGAAACCUACACGUCUGAUACGUGUACAGUGAGAACUGGCAAAUGGGGAACGGCCUUCCACUGUAACAGAGCAGGCAGUACGACGAGAUUCAUAGGGUGAAAAAGGUAGUCCCAUCGUGCUUUGGAGCCUCUUGGUGGCUUUGAAAGUGAAACAGAGGACCUCUGUGGUCGUCAUGAUGGCUAACAGGAAAACAACUCGUGGUGCAGGUAGCACUCCUGAUCAGGGAAACGGGGCACAUGCGGACUGGGAAAACAGCGUUCAUGUGUUCGCGCUUCCAAAGGAUGUCACCGAACAAGAACUAAGAUCUUUGUUUGAGGAACGCGGCUUUCAAGUUCGUCGUAUCAUCAUGAAGUCUCGCCAUCCGAACACAUCUUCAAUUGUGUCGUUUGAUAACGAACGUAUCGUAGAAAACUUACUCAGAGUGCAUAAAAAUCGCCAUUUUGCCAUGCGAAGCAAAUAUGUUUCCGUAGAACGAGCAAGCAAUAAUUAUUCUUUACCUCCGAGGACUGGCUACGUUAAACUCUAUGCGCAGAAUAUGGAGUCAUCACAAGACAGGCUAACGUCUUCGCGCACGGAAGCCACAGAACAACGUCCUGCAUCGCCCGGAACGAGUUCAUCUGCAUCAAAACCGCAAUUCGCAUGGUCUGCCACCAUGGAUCCCCAUGAAGGUUUUAGCGAGAUAGAAGAUAAGCUAAUCAAUACUGAGAGUUAUGGUACUCUGCCGCAGCACAGCAUGUACGCGGCUCAUUCAUAUAACUCGUAUCCGAUAGCAGCACCAAUUUAUCCUUAUCAGCCAUAUGUUUUGAUCCGGCAAGAUGCUCACAGUUUCCAGCAGGACAACCAGAUGUACCCACAUGGUGCCCAGUGGGCACCUCAUAUCCGGCAAUUCCAUGUCCAUGGCUGGUCGCCAGUAAAUGAUAAUGGUGAACCACUAACAACCCAUUAUAUUCACGCCAGCAGGCCUGAAGAGGCAAUACGUGUCGAGAGAAAUCGCGGACCUCUACUUGAGACACCAAGACCUACGGCUCCGGACCCAACUUGUGUUCCGGUUGGUGUUCAGCCUCCAUCUGACGUCAUGUAUCCAGAGAAGGAUGUCUACUGUUCUACUUAUUUUUCAGCAAUAACUAAUAGCGCGAGCUAUGGAAACUACUUUGUUGCACAGUGCAUUUUACCAGCGUAUAUAUACAGCCACCCCGUAACGAACCAGCUGUAUUACGUGUUUAGUUCUCUUCCGUCAUAUCAGCCACAAUAUUAUAACAAGCCUGUUCGGUUCGAGUCACCUUUGGGUCCUGGCGACAUCCCGUACACAUUGCGGAGUGCUGAAGAAGCUGACCUUAUUUACCCUUUACCUGGGAACUCUACAGUUGACGCAAGCACCAUAGAAACCCUUAGUCAGUACGAAAACAUGCAGAUCAUCAAGCCUUUAGUUGAAUCCGGGAACCUAGACUCCUACGAAACCAUUGACAACAUCGCUUCAGGCAAAAAAGCUGGUAACGUACGGCCUCCUGGUAAUGCAUCGCGUUCAUUCUUAUGAGAGUGAAUCGCUAACCGACCCUUAAUCCGGAGGCAGACAAAAUGUUUUCACCUGUCCGUCCGCAUAAACUAGGGAAAACGAACGUCCCGUCGUUUUUACGACAUAAUUGAAAAAAUUAAUUUAUUAACGGUUUAAUCUGCGAUAAAACUAAUUCUAUUUGUUAGCAUUGUACACAUAACUUUAUCAUUCCUAGUACAUUUUCAUGAUAUUUUUGUUAAAACAUAAAUGAAAACAUCUUAACACAAAAAAAAGUUUGAAGAAAAACCCAAACCUAUCUUACCCUAAGCAAUAUAUGCUUGAUUAUUGUAGAUUUUCAAGGUUUGUUGUUUACAAGUGUGUCAAAAGUGAUUUUAUAGAUGAAAUUUUGUUCUACUUUAUAAGUGCGGCUUAAAAAAUUAUUGAAGAACAAACCAAAGCAUAUUGUGCUGACUAAUAUAUUUGCUACAUUGUUGUGGUAACUUUUCUAGACAAACAGACAAAGUGUAAUGCACUCGAACGCCUCGGGGCAGAACUUACCCAUUUUAGUUUUACGUGAAUGGUGAGAUGUAAACAAAUCUCUAUGAUAUUAAAUUCAAAACACGAGGUUACCGAAAUGGGUGCAUUAGGUAUGCAUAUAAGAAACUAUCUAGGAAUGUGUUUAAUACUAAACCGUUUCUUAAUAUUCUAUUAUAAUGUAGAUAACACUGUUGCGUUUGUUUUAGAAGAAUGCAUAUAGGAUAGAUAGAGAUUUUAAAUAUAGAAGAAAAAUAUGUAUUGAGAACGGAUGAGGCCUAAGAAAUGAUGAUCUUUCGCCAAAUCAUCUUUGAAAGUAGUUAUAAGGGUCGCAGUAUUGGACAUUCUGAACAAGCCAUAAAGCGGCUUCCAUUCAGCAGGAUUGCAGAAUCCAGAUGUAACCUUUAGUUCCCACCUUGUUUGCGCUAAUGCGUGUGAAACAUUAGACUUUCGGCCCCUUGCCGUGAUAAAAGUCAGACGGCCACUAUACCAUCUAAUAAGUAUUUUAUAUGUAGCAGAUACGAAGAGAACAGAUUGUUAUGAGUGUGAACAGCCGCGAAUAUAAUCUAAUAAACGAAGACGAAAGUUGUCCUGUUUUAAAGAAGAAGACGGUCACCGUUAUCAAUUAAGGAUAUCAUUAAACUUUUACAAUAGU